AUGUCGAAAGAAUCUAUUCCUCAACAUAAUGCUCGAGUUCUUGAAGAAGAACGAAAAUGUGUGACUAAUAAUCUUGCUGAACAAGACAAAAUUCGUCGUUGUGAUGCCGAAGUAUCAACAACAGCACUUAAACAUGAACAGCAUAUUAAUGCAAAAGAUCUUAAAGAUGAAGCAAAAUCUAAUGCAGAAAAAUUAAAAUUAUAA